CGGCGGCAAGCCCGGAGACGGGGACAGAGGCAAGGGCGAGAGCGGCAGCUUGAGGCGGAGGGCGAAGGGGGCGGCGGCCACUCCGGCCGUCACUCCCCACGACUACAUGCUGUUCCUCUACAAGACGCUGUCUGUCAUCCAGCGCGGAGGCUUGAACGGCAGCGCCCCGCAGCCCGCCGCUCUCGCCAACACUGUCACCAGCUUCGUGGACAGGGGGCAAGAUGAUCGUCACCCCUUUGUGAGGAGGCAGAAAUAUAUCUUCAACAUCAGUGCGAUGGAGAAGGAAGGGUUGCUGGGUGCGGAGCUGAGGAUUCUCCGAACACGACCUGUGGACGGGAGGAGAGGGCGGACUCCAGGGAACAUGUGCACUCUCCGAUUGUCCAAGUGCCCCGCCGACAGGCAGAAGCCGAUUGUCGUCGACUCUCGCUCCAUUGACCCAUUGGACACGUCAAAGUGGGAGGUCUUCAACCUCUGGAAGCUUUUCAGGACAUCGAGGAAGGAGCAGCCUUCGACGCAACUCUGCUUCGAGCUGGAAGCCUUGGACAGAGGCAGGACGGUGGAUCUGAGGAGCUUGGGAUUUGGAAGAGCUGGGCGUCAGACCAAAGAGAAGGCUCUCCUACUCAUGUCCGGCAGGACCAAAAAAAGGGACCUGUUCUUCAAUGAGGUCAAAGCCAGGUCCGGGCACGACGACAAGUCAGUUUACGAGUUCCUGUUCAACCAGAGGAGAAAGAGAAGAGCACCUCAUGCAUCCCGCCAGACAAAGGGCAAGAAAGCCAAGCCCCGUUGCACGCGGAGACCCCUCCACGUCAACUUCAAGGAGAUGGGGUGGGACGAUUGGAUCAUCGCGCCGUUGGACUACGAAGCGUAUCACUGCGAGGGGGUUUGCGACUUCCCCCUCCGCUCCCACUUGGAACCCACAAACCACGCCAUCAUCCAGACCCUCAUGAACUCCAUGGACCCUGAAUCCACCCCGCCCAGUUGCUGCGUGCCAACAAAACUCAGCCCCAUUAGCAUUUUGUACAUAGACUCUGCCAAUAACGUGGUGUAUAAACAGUACGAGGACAUGGUGGUAGAGUCCUGUGGUUGCAGGUAGCAUUGGUCUGAGGCACCAGGCAACCACGUAAUAAUGAGCACACUGGGACUUCUACCUGAGUGAGUCUUGCAGGUAUUGGUUGGUCUCCUGGUAAUGCUAUUUGUCAUUGGACACCGCAAGCUAUUGGAAGUGAGUUGGAGAUGAAAGAUCCAUGGCGAUAAAACUGCCACUGAGGCUAAAGGUUCCUCAGUGCAGCUCCAGAUCAACAGUGGCCCCAAUGCAAUUCUCUCUGCACCACCCGCCCCAUUCCUGGGGGUAUCUGGUGCCAUCUGUCCUAAGACUCAGACAGUAUGCUCCCUCCAGUGCAAUACUGCCACCACUCACUGCCUGCUGAACCCAGAUAGACAGGGAGAGUUCUGGUGGGUUAGACCAUGCUGGAAGGAGUGAGGUUGAGAUGGGAGGGGUUUCCGCUGGGGAUGCAAGGGGUAGGUGAAUCUGAGAGCCAACUCCAAGAAGGUUCUUUCAUUAACCUCCGUGACUACAGCCAAUGAAUCAUCUCGGAAGCAAACCCCAGUACAACACUGAUCUUGUAGAGGUGUAUAUAAUCAUCAGUGGAAUAAAUCAGGUAGACGCACAAAGUCUCUUACCCAGAGUAGGGGAAUCGAGAUCCAGAGGACAGAGGUUUAAGGUGAGAGUGGAAAAGAUUUAGUAGUAACCUGAGGGGUAACUUUUUCACACAGUGGGUGCAUGGAACGAGCUGCCAGAGAAAGUAGUUGAGGCAGGUACUAUCACAGACAUUCAGACAAGUGCACGGAUGGGAAAGGUUUAGAGGGAUAUGGGCCAAACGUGGGCAGGUAGGAUUAGUGAAGAUGGGGCAUCUUGGUCGGCAUGGGCAAGUUGGGCCAAAGAGCCUGUUUCUGGGCUGUAUGGCUUUAGACUAGAGACACAGCACGAAAACAGGCCCUUCGGCCCACCGAGUCUGCGCCAACCAGCGAUUGUCCUGCACACUAACAGUAUCCUACACACUAAGGACAAUUUCCAAUUUUUACCAAAGCCAAUUAACCUAAAAACCUGCACAUCUUUGGAGUGUGGGAGGAAAGGAAGCACCCGGAGAAAACCCACGCGGUCACAGGGAGAACCUACGAACUCUGCAGCACCCAUAGUCAGGAUUGAACCCAGGUCUCUGGUGCAGUAAGUCAGCAACUUUGCCGCUGCACCACCGUGCUGCCCUGUGCAGAAUUUGCUUUGGACGGGAGGGGAAAAUAUACAUUUCAGAACAACCGCAGAUGUAAUCAGCGCAUGUUGGGAUGAAUUCAGAUAUGUGAAUCGUUUACUGUUUGUCUAUGAUGAGGAUAUUUGUUGCCUGGUCAUAAAUGUUACUGUCAAUUUGAAGUUGUCAUGAUUUUCAUGAAUUCCUGUACCACACAACAAAAUGAACAGAUGGGGGUGAUCGAGAUAUUAUUAAAAAAUUGAAUGCAGAAAAUCUUAAAUAAAAAAAUACACAAAAUGCAUAGAAUUGCAAGAUCUUGACUCAUCGAAACAAAGAGAAUUGGUCCUAUUUGCAAGUGAACCAUAAACACAUCAGGUCUUUUCGUUUUUUGUCCAGGGUAGUGGAAUCAUAAAUAAGAGGACAUAUGUUUACAAUACAAUACAACACAAUACAAUUUAUUUGUUAUCAUUUGAACCUCUUGAGAUUCAAACGAAAUUUGGUUUCUGCAGUCAUACACACAAGAAAAAGAACCAAGACACAACACAAUUUACACAAGCAUCCAACACAGUGAAUCUCCUCCUCACUGUGAUGGAAGGCAAAGUCUUAUCUCUUAUCUUAUUUAAGGUGAGAGGGGCAAGAUUUAAUACGAUCCUGAGGCGUAACUUUUUUACUCAGAUGGUGUGGGUAUAUGGAAUGAAUUGCUAGAGAAGGUAGUAGAGGCAGGUACCAUAACAGCUAUUUAAAGGACAUAAAAUGCUGGAGCACCUCAGCGGGUUAGGCAGCAUCUCUGGAGAAAAAGAAUCGGUGACAUGGAUACGAAAGGUUUAGAGGGAUAUGGGCCAAACGAGCAGCAAGUGAGAUUAGCUUAGAUAGGGCAUCAUGGUUGGCAUGGACGAGUUGGGCCGAAGGGCCUGUUUCCAUGCUGUAUGACUAUGAUAUAUAUAUAACGAUUUGUGCAAAAGGUUUUGAGGAAAGUUUGGGGAUAUUAUUUUUGACAAAUCGAAUUGUGUUAUGAUCGGGAAAAUUCACUACCUGUUGAAGGAAGUGGAUAGAGAACAUUUCAA